AUGCCCACUCGAACAACCAGACUCUCUGACAAAGCCGCUCUCCCUUUCAAAACAUCCAACAAACAGCGGCGACAAGAACUGCACAUCAAGCAGAAGCGUGCCCGAGAUGCACUUAAGCGAGCAGACCGGUUCAGCCGCAAGAAGGAAGAGGCAAGGAAUCCUAAAUUACGAGAGGAGCGGUUACGCAAAAAUGUGCCAGCAACUUUGGACAGAAAGAGAGUUUACGAUGAGAUCGCAGACGAGCCGGAGAAUGGUGGUUUAGGUGUGAUUUAUGACGUGGAGAGGCUGAAGAGGCGGAAGUUGGCCGAGGAGCAGGCAUUGGAGUUCGGUGGGGAUGGAGACGAAGGAGCAGAUGAGCCCGUGGAUAACGAGGACAACGACUCUAUGCUGGAGGAAAGUGACGAGGAAGAGGAUCAGAAUGAAAGCGACGAAGACGACCGCGAGUCGGAUGACCUCGACGAUCUCACCCAAGAUCCUUUACCCUCUAAAAAGCAACUGCAGUCCAAGCAAAGACAAUCUCGCGCCCUUUCACCAACGCGAUCCACGACCUCGACGAACCUCUCUCUCGCCCCCUCCGCUCUCGCCGCAAAGUUCCCCUCUCUCUUUCUCUCACCAGACUCUCCUCCACCACCACCGCCCAAAAUACUCAUAACGACAUCAAUUAACUCCAACCUGCAUGACGAAGCCGCUCUCCUGACCGACCUCUUUCCCAACAGCAGAUAUAUCCGUCGUUCCUCGCACCGCUAUGGUUAUAAAUUCUCCGUGCGCGAGAUAUCCCAGUUCGCAAGUAAACACGGGUACACAGCUGUCAUCGUCCUCGAGGAAGCAAAUCACCGCAAACAGCCCGGAGGCCUGACGAUCGUGCACCUCCCAGCGGGUCCAACGUUUCACUUCUCAUUAUCCAAUUGGUACUCUGGCAAGCAGAUCCCAGGGCAUGGACGACCGACACAGCAUACCCCGGAACUGAUGUUAAACAACUUCACCACGCCGCUGGGUCUGUUGACAGCUCACCUGUUCCGCUCGCUCUUCCCACAUUCACCUGAAUUGCAAGGGCGGCAGGUCUUGACGUUGCACAAUCAGAGAGAUUAUAUUUUCCUUCGGCGGCAUCGGUACAUUUUCCGCGCGAAACGAGAAACAGAAAAAUCAGUGGUAGGAGCAGACGGCAAGGAGAUGAAGGGUGUUGAGGAGAUACGAGCUGGGUUGCAGGAAUUAGGGCCCAGGAUGACUCUGAAGUUGAGGAGGAUCGACAAAGGUAUUCAUCGAGCAAGUGGCCAGGAUUGGGAGUGGAAGAGUAAGAUGGAGAAGGUGAGAACCAAAUUCCAGCUGUGA